GGAUAAAGACUGGUUCAAAGGGCUGUGUGUGUUGGAGUCUCUCUGUGACCCCUGGCAUCCUUCACCCCAGGGCGCUAACACGGUGGGGAGAACCGCUCAGCCCAGGGGCGAUCCACCCGCCGGUCAUCUGCCCCCCGAGGGGUCCACCCAGCCGGAUCUUGCAGCCACCGUGGGGGUGUGGGCCAGGGAUCCCGGCUGCCUGUGGACCCAUUUGCUCUCCCUUGCGGCUCCCCACUGUGGGGCGCCUGCAGAGCAGUGACCAGGGGUGAGCACCCUGCCCCAGCGCUUGGGGCCCCAAACUGCAAGGACCUUGGUUGGGUACCAGCAGCCAGGGCAGUCGAAGCUCCCUUUCCGGCCUCCUCUCCCCUUCCCACCCUUGCCCCUCGGGGUGGAUACAUGGGGGCCCAGGGAGGCUCUGCCACUGUGGCAGUGUCCCACCUGGGGUGCCGGGGGGCAGCCACCAGGGUCCCCGGGCUGUCACCAUCCAACAGCAGGAACCAGGGACUCCCAAGGAGACUGGCUGAAAACCUCUGACCCCGCCCCUCUUGUCUGCUCUCCUGUGGGGGUUGUGGGCAAGGGGGGAGUUCUGGGCUCGCCUCCCCAGGUUUGAAUCCUGACUCGCCAGCCAUGUGGCCCUGGCCUACAGGGACAACUGCCCCAGACUGAGGGAGUUUCCAGGAUGGGGGCAUUAAUGCUAAGCCAAGGGCAUCCCAGGCAAACGGGGGUGGGUCCCCUGGGUCCCCUCCCCCAGCCCCAGCAGCUCACCGUGUGAUCAGGAAUGUUCUCCGGGCUGUGGGGUGUGUGAGGAACCGGGGCUUCACACCAGGGAAGGGCUGUGCGCGCCAGCUGGAGCUCUGUUGUUGCGGUGGCUGUCAGCCACCCCAUGUCCCCAGCCAGCCUCUAGGAUGCCUGGAGGGGCAUCUCCGGCCCCCACCCCAGGGCCCCCGAGCUGGGGAGGGGACACCAGACUACAGCACGCCCACCUGCCUCAGGAGACCCACCGCGGCCUGAGCAGAGAUUGAGCCGCAGAAAUGCCCCAAGGUCACGCUGACCUCCAACAGUGCCCCCUGAAGCCCUUCCUACCCUCUGGCCUCAGUUUCCCCACCGGCACCUGAAGGGGUUUGGGGACUUUUCCUGGGAGACUAAUGAAGGGUGGGACACCGGAGGGGCAGCGGUGGGGGUGAGGGCUGCGGGGCAGGCGCCCCGGGCUCCGGCCCUGAUCCGCUCCCCUAAGCUGACACAGCGUCUGUGCCUUCGCCGCACCCGCUAAGUCGCCGAAGCCCAAUCCCUCCCACAGCCUCUUACCACCCCCAGGGCCAAUUAGCUAAUUGAGGCCUGAGGACAGAGCAGCUCCUUAGUAUUUUAGAGUGAUGAAGCAAUUAGGAGAAUUAUCUCCCUACAAGCCACAGGCCUCUCACCAGAACUAUCUCCCCACAAGCCACAGGCCUCUCACCCCGGACCUUGGAGGCCCAGCCCACCUUGUGACAGAAGCACCGGCCGCCCCUCCGGCCUGGGCUCCGUGUCAGGGGCCUCCCCUCCUGGGCUGGCAGCCACAGCCGGCCCCUCCACCAAGGCCAUUGGCCCUCAAGUCGGACCAGACCCUGCAGGACUGUCUCUACUUCAAAAGCAGCAUUCCAGAAGUUUCUACCUCCUCUCGCACUUGCAUCCCGCCCACCCACGGGCUUGGGUCUCCCUCCUGUCCUCAAUGUCAUUAAAUCCUGCGGACCUUGUCCCCUCCCUCCCCCAGCCCCCUCUCCUCUUAGGUUUCAGGGCACCCCUGCCCGAGACCCCCAGGCUCCUUGGAAAUUGCUGGGAAGGGGGUUUGGCAUACCAAUCUCAGGGGCUUCACCUAGAACGCACUGCAGCUCUGCAACAACCCAUCAUCCACUCAGCCCUGACACAGGGGUCUGGGUAUUCCCUGCUCCUCCUCUGUCCCCAGACUUUCUCCUCUGGACUUGUUCUCUUGUCCCCUGGCCCUUGUCCUGACCAGGCCUCUAGCUUCCUCCUGCCUCUCAUCUGUGUCACCUGACUCUGUCCCUCCCCUGCUCCACAACCUCCCAUGGCUCCCCAGUACCUUCCUUCACAUCACUGUGUCCAGAAUUUGCAGCCUUGCACUCCAUCCCUCGUUCUGAUUAUUUUCCUUAAAAGAGCGACCCACCCCAUGUACCCCCUUCCCUCCCCUGCUUAUCACUAGCCUUAAGACCACCUGACAGACUCUACCUUUUAUUUGCUGAUUAUUUGUCUCCCCACUAGGAUGUCAACUUCAAUAUUUGUGUCUGUUUUCUUCACUGCUGUUGAUAGUACCUGGUACACAGUAGGUGCUUAAUAAGUAUUUAUUAAAUGAAUGGAGGAAACAUGAACUUCUAUUCAUGCCUUGAAACCCAGCUAAGAAGCCCCCUACUCCCUGCCUUGCUCGGUGUUCAGGAGAGCCAACAGGAAUUGCUUUACUCUCUUGGGCCUCAGCUUCCCCAACCUCCACUGACAUUUGCAAGUAUAAGCGGGACUUUUUUCUGGUCCCAACUGAUAGAAACAGUAAGUGGACAUACACUGAGCACCUGCUGUAUGCCGAUCGCUGCUAUGCUCUUCCAGUACCUCACCGAGUUCCUCUGAGAGUCUCAUGGGGUAGGUCCUCAUGUUUCCCUUUUAUAGCUAGGGAAACUGAGGCCCAGAGCAGGGGAGGCCCACCGAGGCCAGUGGUCACUCCCCCCACAUUCCCCUCUGGUGCCUCAGCUCCCAGCUGCCCUGCCCGCCCUCAGCAGCUCAGAGCAGCCAGCGCCAGGCUGAGGGGCCGCCUCAACUAAUCACCUUGUGCUAAUCCUCCCCCGCCCUGACCCCCAACCUCUUCGGGUCUGGCAGGGCCAGGCCAGCAGCAGAUGUGGUGCUGGGCCCACUGGGGCGGGAGCCCGUGGAUACAGGGGCUCACUGGAGGUGCCGGCGCCACGGGCUCCCCUGCCCCCCCAGCGGGCUGUCCCUCCUGCUGUCUCACCACCAUCUGUCCUGGAAGGAGGAGCCAUGUUCCUGAGCCCAGGCGAGGGGCCGGUGGCCGAGGGCAGGGGGCCAGGCCUAGGCGAGGAGGCCCCCAAGAAGAAGCACCGGAGGAACCGCACGACCUUCACCACGUACCAGCUGCACCAGCUGGAGAGGGCAUUUGAGGCCUCCCACUACCCAGAUGUUUACAGCCGUGAGGAACUGGCAGCCAAGGUGCACCUGCCCGAGGUCCGCGUGCAGGUGUGGUUCCAGAACCGCCGGGCCAAGUGGCGCCGCCAGGAGCGGCUGGAGUCAGGCCCUGGGGCUGUGGCAGCCCCGAGGCUCCCCGAGGCCCCAGCCCUGCCGUUUGCCCGCCCUCCAGCCAUGCCACUGCCCCUGGAACCGUGGCUGGGCCCCGGGCCCCCGCCCGUGCCAGGCCUCCCGUGCCUCCUGGGCCCGGGGCUGCAGGCGUCCUUCAGUCCCCAUACCUUUGGUCCUGCCUUCGUGGAUGGCUUCACCCUGGAGGAGACAUCCCUGCGGCUGCUGGCCAAGGAGCAUGCACAGGCUCUGGACAGGGCCUGGCCGCCGGCAUGAGCCUGGUGUCUGCACGCCCUACCCCCCCUCCUUGGCCUGUCCCUGGCCACCCGGGUCGGGUCCCCCCGCCUCCUCAUCCUGCCUUACGGGGAGACUGGCGUCCGGUCUCAGCAAGGAGGGCCGAGGGAUUCCCAGGCCAGGAGGUGAGGCCCGGCCCCAGUGGAGUCUGUGCUCCUCUCGGGGCCUCAGUCUCCCCAUGUCAAGCGGGCUUGGGUGGGUGGAUCCCCAGCUCCAGGACUGUAAGGCUGCGGCUGUCAGGAGCCGCUGAGAUCAUCCUGAGUCCGUGAGUCUAAGUCGCUUGCCGGCUCCUAAUUUUCACCAGCAGAGCCACUGGCUCUCAAGGCUCCCCCUGUCCUGGAAGUGACAGGUGACAGUGGCAGAUCAUGGCCAGCUGGCUUCCUUUCACUGGGGUCCAUCCUAUGCCCACAGCUUUGCCCAUCGACAGCCCCAUGAGUGGGCACAGCCAUCAGCCCCCUAUAGGGGAAGAAGCAAGCCCGGAGAGGGCAAGCCGGUGUCCCAGCGGGUGGGGCUUUCUCAACUCACUGCCUGACUCCGUCACCCCAGGCACUCCAGGGGGCCCCAGGAUGGCAGAGACGGACCGACACUGAGCAAACGUCAGUCCGUGCUCCCUCUGUGCAUCGGAGUGCAGCCAUGUCCCCACUGCCCACAGACCCUGGCAGGUCUCCCAGCCCAGGGCGGCAAGGCCACCGUUUGUUCUGUCCAACCCAAGCACGUCUCCACAGGGCUCCUCAAGGCAUGAUGGCUGCCGUUCCCGGAGCCCAGCUGGAUUCUGGGACACAGAAGACGUCAGGGGGGCAAGGAAUGGGGUAUGAUGGUAUCCAGGGCCGGCCUGGUGUCAGCGUGAGGCGCCUCCCUGUGGGACCUGGCAGCCUGGGUCAGACAGGCGUGUGAAGGGGGGUGUCAAGGGCUGAAGCCGCAAGUGGUUGGCACCCUGCCCCUCAGGGUUCCAUCCGCGAAGUGACCACAGACUCACUUCCGGGCCCUCACACCAGAUCUGCACCUUAACAGGGUGCACAGCCUGCACCUGGCACCGCGCACAAGCCCUAUGGCUGGUGUUCUGUUCACAGUGCAGCAGCCAGGACAGCCCAUGGGUGGGUUUGCCCACCCGCCCAUCCGCCUGUGCAUCCAUCUUCCGUCCAGCAUGCCAUGGGGUCAGAGAGGCAAACAUCCCUGCUGUAAUGGAGCCGCUGCUCGGUGGGGGAGCAAGGAAACAGGUUCACUAAAUAGACUAAACUAAACGCCAGUUAGUGGUUAAGUGCUUGGGAGAAAAUAAAACCAGAAAGGGCCAUCUGGAGUGCGUCUCAGGGUUGUUAAUAUCACCAUGGAGAAGGUGACAUCAGAGCAGAACCCUGCAGGAGGUGCAACCGGGAGCCACGCGACACAGGCAGAGGGAACAGCAUGUGCAAUGUCCCGGGGCAGGACUUGUGUCCGGCAUGUGGCAGGAGCAGAGUGA